AUGAAUAGCAGUGAAAAAGUCGAACUUAUUCUUAUUUUUGGUGAAUGUAAUCGUAAUUCUCGACAAGCAGCUCGGUUGUACGCAGAUCGAUAUCCAAAUAGGUAUCAUCCGCAUCAUAAUUAUGUCUUUAGACUUUUACGUGGAUUAAGUGAAAACGGUCAAUUUCCUAGCAAUGAAAUCAGACAACGGCAGCCUAGACCAAAUAAUUUUGAUUAA